CAAGGAUCCUCUCGGCGCCGUCAUGGUAGGUAUGUGCUCUGGUACUGAGUAGAUAAACUCGGCCUUGCGGCCCCGAAUCCUCAAGCAUUCUUUUCUUCGAGCGUCCAGCAUUCCGACAAUUCAUACAUCCUCACCCCGCCUUCCCCUCAAUCACUCGUCGCAAUCAAGCACGUAUCCCAACAAUGCAGUUCUGGAAAACUCCUGCAGUCCUGGCUUGCGUCCUCUCGCUAGCCCUACCAACACUCGCCGCGCCCAAAGCUCGUGAUACCGGAGUCGAAACCCGCAGCAUCGACGAGAUCUACUCCGCAGCCUUAGCGGAGUCCAAGGGCAAGACACUCCAGGUGGCCUGGGGUGGUGACGAGAAAUCCAAUGCCACCGCUCUGGCAUUCAUGCAAGCCUUCCCUGGCAUCGCGAUCAACCUGACGGUGGACGUGUCCAAAUAUCACGACAGCCACACGGACCGUGCCUUCAUUGAGACCGGUAAAGAUAUAUACGAUAUUGCGUUCCUGCAGACGUUGCACGACUUCCCGCGGUGGAAGGAACAAGGCCGCCUGAUGUCGUACAAGGCGAAGCCAUGGGAGAGCAUCUACAAUGAGGUCAAGGACAGCGAGGGAUACUAUUAUGCUGGCUUUUUCAUCUCGUUCGGCAACAUUGUCUUCAACUCCGACAAGCGCCCGUUGAACACCACGAUCCCGACGACGUACACCGACUUCCUGCUGCCCGCAUGGAAGGACAAGAUCGUCCUCACGUACCCGAACGACGACGACGCGAUCGCGUACCUCUUCGCGCUGAUCAUUGAGAAGUACGGCUGGGGCUGGUUCACGUCGCUGAUGGCGCAGAACGUGACGUGGGUUCGCGGCAGCACGACCCCCGGCACAAUGCUCGCCAACCCCGCCUCGCCCGUGUCCAUCACCUUCUGCUCGUUCGGAACCGGCGAGGAGAACAUUCACACGGUGGAGCCGGCGGACCGCUACAUGUCGUGGGCGCAGACCGGCGCCAUCUUUGCCAGCACUGAGAUGCCCGAGACUGCGAAGCUGUUCGUCAGCUGGAUCAUGAGCGACGAGUACCAGACCGCCUCGGGAUCGUCGACGAGGAGGGAGCUGGCCGCUGAGGAUCCGUUCUCGAAGCAGUGGACUGAGCCCCUGGGCUUCGCCAAGUGGAUGGGAAACCGUCAGGACGUCGAGUGGUACAAGCUGCAGUUUGAGAGCUUGCUGGGCACUGCGCAGGGUGAGAGCCCGCUGGAGGAUGACUUGUGA